AAUUUUUUAAUUAUUAGUUGACUUAUUUUAGCUGAAAAGAGAAAGAGCAUUAAUGAAGCGUUUUCUAAUUGCUAAAUUAGAUAAAUUUAAUGAAAUAAUUAAUAAAGAAUCAAAAAAAGUUAAAAAAUUGAAAAAAACAGUUCUAAAACAUAAACUCGCUAAUAAUGAAUUAACAAAAAAGAAUUUAGAUUACCAAAAUACUUUAAAAAUACAACAAGAUCAAAUAUCAAAAAUUGAAGAAACAAUAAAAGAAAAAGUUUAUAAUGUUCUAGAAAGUGAUUUUCAAUGUUCAAUUUGUAAUGAAUUGAUGGUUAAGGCGUGUACAAUUAAUUGCAGCCAUACAUUUUGUGAAGUUUGUUUAAAUACUUGGUUGAGAGAAAGUAAUGUGUGUCCUCUUUGUCGAACUUCAGUUCAAACCAAAACUCUUUGUCUAUCUAUGGAUAACUUUAUUACUAAUAUUUGUAAUCUUCUGGGGAAUGCAAUAAAAGAACAUCGGGAAAAAGUACAACAAGAAAAAUUGACAGUUAAUGUCCCACGAGUAGAGUAUCCGCGACAAAUGGCUAGAAGAGGUCGUAGAAGAAGAUUAAGAUAAUUUACCUUAUUGUUAAAAAUAAAAUAUUUUCUAUACAUUAUCUCACCUAUUGUAUUUUAAAUUUUAAUUAAAAGAUAUUUGAUACCAAGCAAAA